AUGCGCACUCAGCCCUCCCUCCGCGCUCCAGUCCCGCCCCUCAGAUGUCUUUCCCCUCCUCGCCCUCACUGCCCUGAUCUGCGCACGCGCAGUGGCGGGACUUCCGUGUUUUUUUCCCGUGGUGCCUCGCAGCGAGCGCGGGAAUUUGAGAUCAUGGCGGCCUCCACCCGGACAGUGACUCCCAGUUGCAGCGGCUGCUCCAGCGACUGCGUGUGCGGCGAGCGGGCCAAGUGGAGCGACUACUCCCUGCUGGGCAAGCGGCUCUCGGAAGACUCGAGCCGCCACGAGCUGCUGCAGAAGUGGGCGGACGUGUGGAGGACCGUGAGCCUCGACUCGUCGGGGCUGGGCAGCGAAGGCGAGAAGGCGCGGCGGGGCGAGGCGGCCGAGCCGGGGCCGCGGGUGGAGGAGGAGAGGCCGCUGGUGUUCCUAUGCGGCGGCUGCCGGCGGCCCCUGGGCGACUCGCUGAGCUGGGUGACGAGCCACGAGGACAGCAAUUGCAUCCUGUUGCGCAGCGUUUCCUCUAAUGUUACUGUGAAUAAGGACCAGAUGUUAUCCAAACGUAAACAUGAAAAUGGUUGCAUUCUCGAGGCUCUAUACUGCUCGGGCUGCUCCCUCAGCCUUGGCUUCGUCUAUAAAUACACACCUAAGGCCCUGGAUUACAAGAGAGAUUUGUUUUGCCUCAGCGUGGAAGCCAUUGAGAGUUAUAUUUUAGGCUCCUCUGAGAAGCAAAUUGUGUCAGAAGAUAAAGAGCUGUUUAAUCUCGAAAGCCGAGUUCAAAUAGAGAAAUCUCUAAAAGAGAUGGACGAUGUUGUGAAAGGAUUAGAGAAGAAGCUUGAGGAGGUUGAGUCAAAAAUUGCCCAUUGCCAACUACUGCAAGAGCUGAGUAGCGUCCCUCCCUCUGCGCGCCCCUGCAGAUGAAAAUUCUCUUCUCAGGAAUGAUUUUUGUCAUUUCACAUCACAGAGAAUUGAAAGACUCGCAAAGACCGUGUUCCCUUGUAGUCUUGUACUAAACCAAUUAGAAUUGUGGAAUGACUCUCACUGCUGUUUUUGACAGAUCUGAAAUGUAAAGGUUUUUGUUGUGCUAAGACACAGAUUUCACCUUUAGUACUUUGGGUAAUAUUUAAUAUUGAACAUUAAGAAAAUCUUAGAAAUUCAGAGACUGAAGAGAUAGAGUACAGUGGGUAGAACACUUGCACAUGACCGACCCAGGUUCAAUCUCCACCUCCCAUAUGCUCCCCCAAGGAGUGAUUCCUUAGUGCUGCAGAGCCAGGAGUAAUACUUGAGUAUUG